CAACAACAACAACAACAACAACAACAACAACAACAACAACAACAACAACAACAACAACGACAACAACAAUUAGUAACAGCAAUAACAAUAACAACUACAACAACAACGACAACAACAACAAUUGUAAUAACAACAAUAACAAUAACAACAACAAUAACAAUAACAAUAACAAAAAUGUUAACACUGACAAUGCUUUACUUUUUAUCAACAAGGAUCGUUACGGAAAAUAAAUGUAGAAAAAGAUGUGGAUUAAUGAAAGAUAAUGAAAGAUUAAUGAAAGAUACAGUUUCUUCAAUUUUGUAA